CAUUUUCUCCCGCCUUAUCAGGACCACUCGACGAUAAGACGGAUCAACGCAUGUAGAGAGGCAUGGAUCGCGCGAGCAGUGAGCAGCGAUGUGUCAUUGGUGGCGGAUGAUCGUGGAUCAUCGAAGGAGACUAUGACUUGGAGGUCCUGGUCCCACCAUGCAGACUCCACUCCUCCUCGUCACCCUCGCGGUGCUCGCGAUGCACAUCCACCCGUCUGGUGGCUCGGAGUGUCAGUCGAAAGGCGAGGAUCAAGAUCCUCUCCUCUUGCCGGAGUUCAUGAGGAAUCCCCCUCUGCAGAGGCCCCCUCGGCUCCCCCGCACCUUACACUUCGCCGUCAUCGGACCCAAUUCCUCGACGCACAAGUACAAUCUGCUGAACGUGGUACCUGCGAUCGAAAUGGCUCGUCGGAGGAUCUAUGACCGACAACUUCUUCCGGGACUCGACAUCAAAAUCCUUUCUAAGGACUCCGAAUGCCAAAGUGUUUAUUCUGGUCUCGCUUCCUUCUACUUCUACUAUGAAAACACCGCAGACGUGUUCUUCGGGCCCAUAUGCGACGACUACACGCUGGCACCCGUGGCGCGCUACGCGGCGAAGUGGAACAUCCCCGUCCUCACCCCCGGCGGCCAGGCCCCCGGCUUCACGUGCAAACGGGACUACGAACUCCUCACCCGCAUGCUCGGCUCCUACAGUCAAGUCGGCGAGUUCUUCCGCCACGUCACGUCGCGAUGGAACUGGAAGACCCUCUCCCUCGUCUACGAGAACACGGCCACGUCCGGGAAUUCCCCCUGCUAUUUCAUGAUGGAAGCCGUGUUCAAAGCCCUGGGGAAGGUCCCUCACCACAGGCAGAUCUACCCCACCACAGAGUCGAAGCAUGUGCUCCUCAACGUCACCCAGGAGGCCCGAAGUAAGGACCCGUCCGAUUCCUCCUCGAGACCCGGGAGUAACCCAGAAGUAAUCACGACGUCACGAUCGGAUUAA